UUCCAAACUUCUCAAAAAGCCAAGAAUUUGCGCACACAUACAGGCACUAAUAAACACAUCUAUUCUUACAUCCUUCUCUUUUUUGACCAUCCAAUCGAAUUCUUGAUUUUUCCGAAAUUCGUACUACUAAUAUCUGGGUUUCUUGUCUUUAUUCAUAAUCAGAUUCUUGAUUUUAUCUCAAAAAAACUUUGAUUCUUAUCAAUUAUUUGUUUCUUUACUUCAAAUUUCUUGUAUCGGCAUCAUGAAGGUUCAUCCAGUGCCAAGAAAACGCAACAUCACUCUGCGAUACGACAUCACAUCAGUCCUUGCUCAGGCGAACACUUGUAGGCAAAAGAAGCUCCGGAGGCUCCCGCACAUAUUCGCCAAGGUCCUUGAGCUCCCUUUCCACUCCGAUGCCGACGUCUCGAUCGAGGAAACUCCUGAAUUCCUUAAAUUUGCUGUUGAUACUGAUGACGUCAGUGACGACGUGACUGCCGAUGCAAUUGAGAUCUACCCUGGAGUGACCAAGAUUGUAAUCCGGGGAAAUGGUAUCGUUGACUUGUCGGGAAGUGAGUUGGAGCUCGAUCUAUGGCGGUUUCGUCUCCCAGAAUGUACGCGGCCGGAGCUAGCUACCGCGGCUUAUGGCAGCGGGGAGCUGGUCGUGACGGUACCGAAGGGUACGGAGGAGGAGGACGGCAGUGGCGGUGGAGGCGGAGAUGACGACGUAGACGGUGGAGAUAUUGGCGCUGGGAGGCUUGUUUUUGUACAGUAAAAAUUACCUCACUCCCCCCUUUUUAGGAUUUACUUCGCUUAAUUUCGCGUCAGUCUUAGAAUUCAAUUGUUGUUUGAGGAGUAAUUUAUUUGAUUUCACGGUUAAAUGGAAAAUUUCUCCUUUGCAAUUUCUUGAUUUUGAUGCAUAAUUCUUGGAGUAAAUUUGUUUUUUGUAAAAGGAUUCUGUUUUGAUAA